AUGUCCAACAUCAUCCCAAUAACUCCGGUCAUCCAACAGCCUCCGACUACACCAGUCAUCGUUUCGGCGACAUACGGUGGUGCUGAUGUCACUUACCAACUCCGGCAGAAAUUGAACAACACUGGUGUCUUUGAGGACUUCACCUUCACCGUGGGCAAUGGGUUCUUUGGUUUCGAUCCGAAUCCCGGAAUCGUCAAAGCCUGUGUCGUGGUUUAUCAGCUGGCCAUAAUGAAUCCGGAAGCACCCGGGUUGGGCCCGGGAAACUUCAAGACUGCGACAGGCAAGGAAGGCCAAUCGAUCACCCUCAAUUUCUUUGCGUACUUGUCGGCAGAAACGCCUGAACUGAAGGAGCCGGCCCCUACCAUGCCCAGCAAACAAUACAUCGUUUCGGCGGUAUGGUACAACGCCGAUGUCACGGCGAAUGUGCAAGCGGCUUUCACAUCUGCAUUUACCCCCGACUACAACACUCCCAUCACGGUCUCCUCCGAAGCCCUCGGCAUUCCCGACCCAGCUUGGGGUACGAACAAGCAGUUUUCGGUUACAUACGGUAGCUACGUGUCGGGUAGAUGGGUUUACCAAGCCAAAGUCUCUCUCCAACAGCCCAUGUCGUGGCAACUUACUAUACCAUCCGUAGUCUGGUCCGAUGUCGGCAUCAGCGUCAUCUUCGCAACGUGGGGCGGCAAGGAUGUGACUGCGGAGUUCUCUUCAGCCUACCAGAACUGGUUGGCUUCCGACAUUGGGGCGUUGACUGUUCCGGGAAACUAUCGACCUUGGACCUUCACGGCCUCCAACGCUACCCUCGGCGGAGAUCCGAACUAUGGAAUUCCCAAAGCCUUCGUCGUGAUCUGCCGGGUGGUAGCCUGGCCGCAGAGCCCCUCAGGAAAAGUCAACAUCUCCGGCUAUCGAGCUCUGUCGUGCCGUGAAGGGGGUACAAUCGACGCGGACGUGAACAAAAUGGACUGGUCCCCGGAUCCAUACGCUUGGCCACCCAGCACAAUCAUGAAUGGGUACCCAUGGGUAUUCAGGGCGGUCUAUUCGACGACCGACGUCACCAACGCUCUGAAUCAAUCGCUCAUGGCGAUGGCUCACCCGCCAUCGGGAGUGCCGCCGCCUCUUACGACAGGGUCAAUCUGUACGAUCAAUAUGCCUCAAAUGGCGGGAGGCGAUCCUUGGCCCGGCGUACAGAAACAAUUGACGAUGGUGCAGGGCUUCCCAAUCAACGAUGGCACUGGAAGUUGGCAGCUUGGAGCAUACUGUGCUCUGCAGGAAUCGGACACAUGGGCCCUUCCACUCGCCCCGCCGGGCAUUACGUACAGAAAAGUCACCUUCGCCAACAAAGGCCCGGUGAUUGCCUAUCCUCAGGUCAGCAGCCUCGACACAUCAUGGCAGUGGUCCCCUCAACCAGAGCCCAGCUGGGCAAUUGACGAUGGUCAAUCAAGGACGGUCGACCUCAUCAAUGAUGCUAAGUGUCAGUCACUGUACACCUACAACGUCAACUUCUACAUUGCCGGUGCACCGAGCACUGCGCCCACCACCAUCACCGUCAGUGACAGUCCCACGAAUUCCCUUACUUUGGACAACUAUGGAGCCACUAUAACCGCAGAAGAAGGCGAGGACAUUGCAUUCCACGUUAUCGAAAUCCUCCUGGACAUUGCCGAGAUUUUUAUGGAGUAG